CUUAGCGUUCCGGGUGCGCCAGUUCAAGUCGUGGCCGCUGCUCUUCCGGUUCUCUGUGUCGGUACCGCUCGAGCCGAUUCUGUAGCUAUGUCGGGGUUCAGCCCAGAACUCAUCGACUACCUGGAAGGGAAAAUCUCCUUUGAAGAGUUUGAGAGGCGGAGGGAGGAGAGGAAGACCCGGGAGAAGAAAAGUCUUCAGGAAAAAGGAAAAUUAGCAGCUGAAGAGAACCCAGAUGAUUCUGAAGUUCCAUCAUCAUCAGGAAUCAGCUCUACCAAGUCCCAGGACAAAGAUGGCAAUGAAGGAGAAACAUCAGAUGGAGUGAGUAAGUCUGUUCAUAAGGUCUUUGCUUCCAUGCUUGGAGAGACUGAAGAUGAUGAGGAAGAAGAGGAAGAGGAGGAGGAAGAGGAGGAAACACCAGAGCAGCCCACUGCAGGGGAUGUCUUUGUACUGGAGAUGGUUCUCAAUCGUGAGACCAAGAAAAUGAUGAAAGAGAAAAGACCUCGGAGUAAACUUCCCAGAGCUCUGAGAGGUCUCAUGGGAGAAGCCAAUAUUCGCUUUGCUCGAGGAGAACGUGAAGAGGCAAUAUUGAUGUGCAUGGAAAUCAUAAGACAAGCUCCUCUGGCGUAUGAGCCAUUUUCUACUCUUGCCAUGAUAUAUGAGGAUCAAGGUGACAUGGAGAAGUCAUUGCAGUUUGAGUUGAUUGCUGCCCAUUUAAAUCCCAGCGACACAGAAGAGUGGGUUAGACUGGCAGAAAUGUCUCUGGAACAAGACAAUAUUAAGCAGGCCAUUUUUUGCUAUACAAAAGCUCUUAAGUAUGAACCUACUAAUGUUCGUUUUCUGUGGGAGCGAUCCAGCCUUUAUGAGCAGAUGGGUGAUCAUAAGAUGGCAAUGGAUGGUUAUAGGCGAAUUUUAAACCUCUUGUCUCCGUCUGAUGGAGAACGCUUUAUGCAGUUGGCUAGAGAUAUGGCAAAGAGUUACUAUGAAGCCAAUGAUAGUACUUCAGCUAUUAACAUCAUUGAAGAAGCUUUUGCAAAGCACCAGGGCCUAGUCUCCAUGGAAGAUGUUAACAUAGCAGCUGAACUGUAUAUUUCUAAUAAGCAGUUUGACAAAGCUUUGGAGGUUAUUACAGAUUUUUCUGGAAUAGCAUUAGAAAAGAAAAUUUCAGAAGAAAGUACCUCGGAAGAGAAUGAAGCUGUAGAGUGUGUUACCUGCACAAUACCUGAUGGUGUCCCAAUAGAUAUCACGGUCAAGUUGAUGGUCUGCCUUGUACAUCUCAACAUCCUUGAACCACUUAAUCCUCUUUUGACAACACUGGUGGAACAGAAUCCUGAAGAUAUGGGGGAUCUCUACCUUGAUGUUGCUGAAGCUUUUCUAGAUGUGGGUGAAUACAAUUCUGCACUCCCCCUCCUCAGUGCGCUAGUGUGCUCUGAAAGAUACAACCUAGCAGUCGUCUGGCUUCGGCAUGCAGAGUGCCUAAAGGCCUUGGGCUAUAUGGAACGAGCUGCUGAAAGCUAUGGUAAAGUGGUUGAUCUGGCUCCACUCCAUCUGGAUGCAAGAAUUUCACUUUCUACCCUUCAGCAGCAGUUGGGCCGUCCUGAGAAAGCUCUGGAAGCUCUGGAACCAAUGUAUGACCCAGAUACUCUAGCGCAGGAUGCCAAUGCUGCACAGCAGGAACUGAAGUUACUGCUUCAUCGUUCUACUCUCUUGUUUUCACAAGGCAAAAUGUAUGGUUACAUGGAUACUUUGCUGACUAUGUUGGCCAUGCUUCUAAAAGUAGCUAUGAAUAGAGCCCAGGUUUGUUUGAUUUCCAGUUCCAAAUCUGGAGAAAGGCAUCUUUACCUUAUUAAAGUAUCACGAGACAAGAUAUCAGACAACAAUGACCAAGAGACAGCAAAUUAUGAUGCAAAAGCAAUAUUUGCUGUACUCACAAGUGUCUUGCCAAAAGAUGACUGGUGGAACCUUCUUUUGAAGGCCAUAUACACCUUGUGUGACCUAUCUCGAUUUGAAGAAGCUGAAUUACUUGUAGAUUCAUCAUUGGAAUAUUACUCAUUUUAUGAUGACAGACAAAAACGCAAAGAACUAGAAUACUUUGGUCUGUCUGCUGCAAUUCUGGACAGAAAUUUCAGAAAGGCAUACAACUAUAUCAGGAUAAUGGUGAUGGAAAAUGUGAAUAAAGCCCAGCUCUGGAAUGUAUUCAAUCAAGUUACCAUGCAUUCCCAAGACGUACGACAUCAUCGCUUCUGUCUCCGUCUAAUGCUGAAAUACCCAGAUAAUCAUGCCCUAUGUGUUUUAAAUGGACACAAUGCAUUUGUAUCUGGUAGCUUUAAGCAUGCACUUGGUCAGUAUGUGCAAGCUUUCCGCACCUAUCCUAAUGAACCUCUCUACAACCUCUGCGUAGGCCUGACCUUCAUUCAUAUGGCAUCUCAGAAGUAUGUGUUAAAGAGACAUGCUCUUAUUGUGCAGGGGUUUUCCUUCCUUAAUCGAUACCUUUCCAUCCGUGGGCCUUGCCAGGAAUCCUUCUACAAUUUGGGCCGAGCCCUCCACCAGCUAGGGCUGACACAUCUUGCCAUCCACUAUUACCAAAAGGCCCUGGAGCUCCCUCCUCUUGUGCUAGAGGGUAUAGAAAUUGACCAGGUAGACUUAAGAAGAGAGAUCGCCUACAACCUGUCUCUCAUUUAUCAGGGCAGCGGGAACACUGUGAUGGCCCAGAAGCUCCUCUAUACCUACUGUUCCGUGUGAAGCAUGUGCUGAGUGUGGAUCCACCUAAGGGUUUAUUGUUCUGAACUUCCCAGUGGGAAUAAACUAGCAUUCUAGCAGCAUAUUUCAGCUUUGUCCUCUGCCCCUUGCCCUGAAAGCUGCAGCUUUGGGCUAGGGGUGUGGCUUGGUGACAGAGCACUGGACUCUCACGAGCUGUGGUUGCCAGCUUGCAAAAAUCAAACCAAACACUUUGGCUACAUGUGAAACAUUGUGUGUUUUCUUGUUUCCCUUUACCAUUCUCCUCUGUGGUAUUAGUCCUAUAUGCCAGGUACUUUGAUAAGUGCUGGGAGUACGGUUAUAAGGCAGAUGUGGUCAUGUCCUCCUGGCCUGUACCGAGUUGAUCACCUACAACUGAGAAGAUCUCCACUAAACCCAAGUUAUUAAGUGCAAAACAACAGCAUAUAUUCAUCUGAGAGGAAUGCUUGCUGUCUUCCAGCAUGCACCAUCAUUGGAGAGCCCUAUUUCUUAGAGCCCUAUUACUAUUACAUGAGGCGCUUUUUCUAAUAUAUUGAAAAGGAGAUUGCUUAUUCAAGGAAAGAGAAAUCUGGACUGUGUGAUGUUAAGACACUUAUAUAGAUCACUACCUGACAGAAGUAUUUAAAAUUGUUGAACAGUGGGAAGACAAAGAUUGAUGUGAACUUUCACUGUUCACCUACUUGUGUCUUGUUACCUAGACUCGUCGAGGCUUAGCCCUGGGCUUAAUUCAAACCAUGCUGCUCCAUGGCAGGUAAAAACUGCUUUAUAUGUGCAGCUCCCCAGCUAGAAAUAGAAAAGACCACAAUAACAUGUCACAUUUUGCAUUUCCUAUCACUAAGAAUGUAGGAAAGGUUUGUAAAGUUGGAUGUAUACAUGAAAUAAUAAAAUAUCAUGGAUUUUAAGUU